UGUAGCUUGUUAGCGCAGCAAUGGAGCAACAGCUUGGUGUUGUCAUGAAGGUAAAACAACAAAAUAAAGGUUGGACAGUGGGGUGAGGUGGGUUGGGUUUUUCUCCAUGGAUUGAACGUUUUGAAACCUUCACGGUAUUAAUAUCGAACCUAGACCUGCUUUAUAAUCCAAUAAGACACGGACAUCUACCUUUAUAAAAGUUACAGUUAGCAGUUGAGAAACAUUAAAGGUCACAUGAAGAAGGGAGAUAACAGUCAAGAAAGAAGCUUACACUGCAAUUCAGUGUAAAAGCAUGUUGCUCAAGUCUACAUUUUCUUUCCUAUCAUUUAUCAGCUUGUCAGUCAGAUGACGCUUAUGAAAACAAGCACAUGCCAGUACACGAGAUGCAAACAAAACAUUACUGACACCUUAUUAAUUUAUUUGCUCCAUUCUAAAGCAAUAAAAGUAUUAAUUGUUCCCAGCUCAGGGUAAAUAUUAACUAACACCAUGGUCAUGUCAGGGGUCUGUGGCUGAGGCAAAGGUGUGUCUUUAUCUGAUGGAUGUCUUCUAUAAAGGCUUUCACUGAGGUCACUGAAGUUAGCAGUUUGCAAACAAGGGGUUUAUUUUUCAGUAAGUCACAAUGCUCGACUUUAUGGGACUGAGCUUCGUGGUGCUGCUCUCAGCAGUGGGAGCAGCAACAAUAGACAGCAACAGAGUGGAGUAUGACUACUACAAAUACCAUCCCAUGCCAGAGAUCUCCAAAUGGAUGGCUCAGAUUCAACAGGAUUACUCCGAUGUUGUAAACAUAGUGGAUUAUGGAUUUUCCUACGAGCACAGGACCAUCAGCUUGCUGAAGAUCGGCCUGAACACCGGAGAGAGAAAGAAAGCUGUCUGGAUGGACUGUGGUAUACACGCCAGGGAGUGGAUCGCCCCAGCCUUCUGUCAGUACUUUGUCAGACAGAUUCUGCAAACAUACAAAACAGACCCGAAAAUGGAAGAAAUGAUGAAGAACAUGGACUUCUACGUCACGCCAGUGCUCAACGUGGACGGCUACAUGUAUUCCUGGAAGGACAACAACACUCGACUGUGGAGGAAGAACAGAUCACCGGGACCUUCAAACUGCGACUGUCUCGGCACCGAUCUCAACCGCAACUUUGAUGCCAACUGGGGCACAAUUGGUGUGUCGACUGACUGCUGCUCAAACAUCUACUGCGGGAGCAAACCGGUGUCUGAGCCCGAGGCCCAGGCCGUGACUGAGUUUGUUGGAAGCCGGAAGGACGACUUCCUGUGUUUCCUCACCAUCCACUCCUAUGGCCAGCUGCUCCUGGUUCCCUACGGACACCCCAACUUCACCGCCCCCAACUACGACGAGCUGAUGAAGGUGGGUUUGGCUGCAGCAGACGCCAUUAGGGAGGUGCACGGGAAGAACUACACUGUAGGAACCUCACCUGAUGUAUUAUACCCAAACUCUGGUUCGUCCAGAGACUGGGCUCGGUUCCAGGGGAUCCCCUUCAGCUACACCUUUGAGCUGAGAGAUAACGGGACUUUCGGCUUCGAGCUCCCGGAGGAUCAGAUCCAGCCGACCUGUGAGGAAGCCUACAGAGGAGCCCUGCACAUCAUCACCUACGCCCACGACAAGACCUUUAAUAGUGCUGUGGCCGCCACGGCCGCGACCCUGUGGACCAUGCUGCUAGCACUGGGUGUCACCGGCACCACCCUGAUGUGAGGUGGAAAAAUCAUACAUCAA